UGGACCAUUUAUUGACUGUAGAAUUUACCAUGUACUGAAUGUUCAUGAACCGUUAGCAUUUUCAUACAAUGGCAGUGGUUGCAGCUAAGAUUUCUAUUGGCACACUUUUAACCUGGCUUUCUGUAGUUUCAUUGACUAAAGCCCUUUCAGACUCAUCAAUUGGGCACAGUUAUCACAGCCACAACCUAAUUAAUGGGACCGAUGGUGAGGUUUCGAGUGAUGGAACAGAUUACGGAAAUGUAAGCCCUGAAAUUGAUUAUGAUAGUUCGGUGAAUCAAACUGACUUUGAGAAUUAUGAAAUGGAUAACUGCAAUCCAAAUCCUUGCACAAAUCUUGGAACCUGUGAACUAACAGAAAGUGGUUACAAAUGCCAUUGCCUUCAACUGUACAAUGGAACCAAUUGUGAAAUAGAGAAUAACCCUUGUAAGAAUAACUCCUGCAACCAUGGAGACUGUCUCAUCACAAUUUUGCCUCCUUAUUACACAUGCAAAUGCAAGCAUCCUUAUCAGCCACCAACAUGCACUAACUCAACUGCUGUUUGUGAUCCAAAUCCAUGCCUCAAUGGAGGAACAUGCUUACAGACAAGCAGAAGCACCAUGUUCGAAUGUGCCUGUGCAGAAUCAUUUCGUGGGGAGAGGUGUGAAAUAGGAAUCGAUGACUGUUACACAGGAAAUGGUGCUACAUACCAAGGUCACGUGAGUCAAACCAGAACAGGACAGACGUGUCUACACUGGAAUUCUCAUUUACUUCUGUCACCAAAUAUGAUUCUUCAGAUGCAAGAUCAUGAUACACAGGGUGUUGAAGAGCAUAACCACUGCCGGAAUCUGGAUGAUGACAACCAACCUUGGUGCUUUUAUCAAAAUGCAACUGGAAAUCCGCGUUUUGACUUUUGUGCUGUUACCUGUUGCUCAAACAGUUCAGGAGAACAGUUGUCUGAUGAGGAAUCUGAAUGUGAAGCUGUCAGCAUUCAAGACAAUGGCAGGAGUGAACAUGGACAAUUGCUUGGGAUAUUCUAUGGUGCAAAGACUAUUGCUGAAGACCAUCCUUGGCAAGCAUCCAUCCAAUUACGGCGAAGACACAUCUGUGGAGGAUCUUUAAUCCAUCCAUGUUGGGUUCUAACAGCAGCACAUUGUGCUCAUGGUUUUACAGAGUUACAGUUAAAAGUUGCACUCGGCAGAACAAAUGUCCGCAGAAGAGAAGGAGUAACCUUUGACAUUGAAAGGAUUAUUAUCCAUGAAUCUUAUAAAGAAACCAGUGAUGCAUUGUAUGAUGAUAUUGCUUUACUUAAACUGAAAGGCAGCUGUGUCAAAGAAAACAAUCGUGUUCGAACAAUAAGUCUAGCAAAAGAUCACAUUCCGCCUGGCACUUAUUGUAAAAUAACUGGAUGGGGCAAGAAUGAAUUCGGACAGUUUAAAAGUCAACUGUUGGAAGCCACAGUGCAACUGUUGAACAGGAAUCGCUGUACACAACCAAAUGUUUAUGGAGAUUUGUUGGGUGACAAUAUGAUGUGUGCUGGAAAUUUGGAAGGAGAUUCAGCAGAUGCCUGCCAGGGUGAUUCCGGAGGACCACUUUCAUGUGUGAGAAAUGGAAAGCCCUACCUUUACGGAAUCAUAAGCUGGGGACGCGAUUGUGGAAAGAAAAAUAAACCUGGUGUUUAUGUCACGGUUACCAAAUUCCUUAACUGGAUAAGAAAAAAUACUCAAUAGAUUCAAUGGUGUGAACUUAAAGCUUAAUCAAGACCCUCCGUUUAAAGUUUGAUUUUUACUUUGUUCAUUCUUUCCCUUUGAUUUCCUCAUCUUCAAUGUUGAUCUAUGAGUAAAAGUAGUUAUCUAAAAUUGACAUAAAGAUGAUGUGAAGCA